AAGCAUCACAUCAGCAGCUUACUGCUUCCGUUUUUCGCAACCCAGCCCGCCUCGAUUGAAAGACCCAAUCGCGAUUGCCUUGCCCGCGCAGCGACGCAAGCCUUGCCGUUUUCAGUAGCCGAUAAGCUCAAUAGAAAACACCAGCUCGUUCAGCAGCCGGAGAACCAACCAUGGCGCCAAACUCGCCCCUUGCCGGUUCCAGGCUCUCGCCCGUGCAGCCCUUCGCUCAGCCCGCCGGCUCGCCACAGCUGCUCCAGCAACACAUGCUAGUCAUGCAGCAGCAGCAGCAGCAGCAGCAGCAGCAACAGCAACAACUCCAGUUCCAAUAUGCCCAAGCUGCCGCCGCCGCCGCCGCCGCAAACUCGCAAGGAAUGCUCGGCGCAUCGACGGACAAGCCCGCCGCCGCGGCAAUGGUGCUCGAGCAAGCGCGUCGUCGCCAAAUGGCCGCCACAGCCGCCCUGCUACGUGCAGCCACAUUUGGCAGAAACAGGAUGCCGGCUGCCGGUUGCCUGGUGAAUGGCAGUCACGGUAAUAUGCUGAAUCAGCCUCAGCAGCAACUCCAGCUGCAGCAGCAGCUGAUGUUCCAGCAGUACGAACAGCAGCAGAGGCAGGUGCUCCUGAUGCUUCUGCAGCAGCAGCGUCAGCACAACGCGCAGCUGUUGCAGCAAAUGGCGGCAGCCGCAUCUCUGAACGCGGCCUCCAACCCCGCCGCCUCUACCGCCCGUGCAUCGUCGCCGCACAUGCAGCACGCGCGAAAUCCGAACACGGAAGCCGUCAAGAAGACGUCGAGCGCAACCAAAAUCCCCAGCUUCAACACGCCAUCGGUCGGAGUGGCUAGUGCGAGUGCGGCGGCGGUGGCGGCAGCAGCUGGGGAGGAGCAGCGUCCGGGUUCGAUGCUCGAAUUCGAGGCGUGGUUCAGCCAAUGCUGCGGGGACGACCUUCCGCUCGCCCUGAGAAAGAAGCUGGACGCCGCGGGUGCCGGCAAGGAGGCGGAGGGCGAGGAGAGCGGGGAGGAGCUGAAGCGCAGCAGCAGCAGCAUGAGCAGCGCCAGCAGCACCAGCAGCGGCAGCUUCGACGACUGCUGCUUCGACACCCUGUCCUCGUCCGGCAGCAGUGCUGCCGGCGAUUCUGACGUGGAGAGCUGUGACGGCGCCGGCGAGUCUGACGGCGACGAGCCUCUGCCGUCUGAGGGAGAAUUCGAGUGGCACCUGAUGUCGGUGCAGACGUCGUUCCUGUGAAUGCAACGUGUAAGACGAGGGCUCUUCCCACGUGGGUCCAACCUGGGCUCGGCAAGGUUGGUGGAGGCUCUCUUGGUCUCUGUGCCAUCGGCUGACUGUAUCAACUCUCUCUCAUGGCUGGCUGUCUCAUGGUUGGUGUAUCAACUCUCGCACCUCUUCCCCCCUCCCUCUAUCUCUCUCUCGCGAACAGCAUCAGCAUCAGCAUCCGCUUCCUCAGUAGCAGCAUCAACGGGCACGUGCUGCCCAUAGCUCACGGCGUGCACACUCGUGCUCCCUCAUAAUUCUGGCCUUCUCGCUCCCUUCCGAACGGUCUCCUGCUGUGCUUUUCUCGUUAGGCCGAAGUUUCGACAUAGCAUGCAACGGCUGGGGGCAGCAAUAAGCGAGUAAUAAGCGGCAGUGGCAUGGGGCCGCUGUGCAUGUCUGGGCAGCUGCAGUGGCUACCACUGGUUGCCGACUCGUGCAUGCGUCAGCUCGUCAACUCCUCUUCGGGUUCCUCAUCGCCCCCUCUCUCUCCCCUUCUCAUGCCGCUUUGCAAGUGGGUUCUGCCAUAGUUUCUUCUGGUCAGUGUACGAUAGAUGGGUCUCUCGCUCCCUGACCCGCCCCUCCUGCUGGCGAUAAGGAAGGCGCGGGAGAGUAGCGCUUCUCGUAGGCUGGGCCUCGGCUUGUUGUUGGCUGGCGUCACGUGGAAAGGAGCUCCCCACUCAGGCAACAAUCGCUGUUGCCCUCUUUUGGAACAUCUCUAAUCAUCGGAUUGUCCUUUCCUGUGGAGUGGUGCUUCUGCUAGGCAAGCGACCUAACAUUUAGUGUCUCGUAAGGGAUCACUAUGUCUGGCUACACUGGGCGCACUGGGAUCAGUCGUGUUUUGAUUUCGCGCAUGCCCUUCUUUUCGUACGGCUGCUGUGUCAUGCUCCCUGUUAAAGCCCGACCAGCAGGUUGCAACUCUCUUUUCUCAAGAUG